GGCGGGUGCGGCACUGCGCUGCUGCGAGUGGGAGCGAGAGCGGUGCUGUUGGUGGGGGGAGCGUGAUCGCCAUGCCUGAGCCGGCCAAGUCUGCGCCCGCGCCCAAGAAGGGCUCCAAGAAAGCCGUCACCAAGACCCAGAAGAAGGGCGACAAGAAAAGAAAGAGAGCACGGAAGGAGAGCUACUCGAUCUACGUGUACAAGGUGCUGAAGCAGGUGCACCCCGACACGGGCAUCUCGUCCAAGGCCAUGGGCAUCAUGAACUCCUUCGUCAACGACAUCUUCGAGCGCAUCGCCGGCGAGGCGUCGCGCCUGGCGCACUACAACAAGCGCUCGACCAUCACCUCGCGGGAGAUCCAGACGGCCGUGCGGCUCCUGCUGCCCGGCGAGCUGGCCAAGCACGCCGUCUCCGAGGGCACCAAGGCGGUCACCAAGUACACCAGCUCCAAGUAGAGCGCCGCGGAUCCUGUUUUUAACCCAAAGGCUCUUUUAAGAGCCACCCACCUUUUCAAUGAAAGGGCUUUAAUUUCCAUUAAAUAUUACCAAGGGCAUGUUUUCUGAACUUAAAUACAUCUUCAAUAUGGAUGACUUAAUAGUCCUUGUGUUAUAGCUAUAAUUUUGUCUGCUGGUCCUGAUGCUUUGGUUGCACACAAAUUAAUUGCUUUCUAUGCCAUAGUCAUGACUCGAUUUUAGUAGCUUCUUUACCACCACCCUUUACUGUACUACUC